AUGUCAAAUUACGGCCAAACAGGAUAUGACAACGGUUACAGUAGACCUUCCAAUCCACCACCUCAAAGGGGUGGCUAUGACAGACAGGACCAGUCCCAGUAUGGAUAUGGUCAAGGCCAACCACAGUACGAAAGACCUGGUGAAAACAGGGAUGGUUAUGGUAACAGACAAGAGUCUGACUACGGUAGACAAAACGAUGAUUACGGUAGAAGACAAGAAUCUAGCUAUGGUAGACAAAACGAUGAUUAUGGAAGAACUGAAGAUUCUUCUGUAGGUAGAAAGAAAGAUGGGUAUGGUAGGAGAGACGAAUCUAGUUACGGUAGACAAGAAUCUGGUUAUGGCAGAAAAAACGACAGUGACUACAGUAGAACAGAAGAUUCUAGCUAUGGCAGACAUGAAUCUGGAUAUGGAAGACAAGAAUCUACCUACGGUAAACAAGAUAAUGACUACAGCAUUAAGUCUGAAUACGGUAGACAAGAUAAUGACUAUAACAAAAAAUCUGACUACGGUAGAAAACAGGAAUCUAGCUAUGGCAGACAAGACAAUGGUUAUGGUGACCAGUCUAGUUAUGGAAGAAAAGAUGAUAGUUACAAUAAGCAACAAUCCAACUAUGGUAGAGAUGAUGAUAGCUACAGUAAUAAAUCUAAAUAUAACAGAAAAGAAAACGAAUAUGAUAAUAAUCAAGGUUCAUACGGUAGCAACGUCAACAAUGGAAGACAAAGCGAUGAUUAUGGUAGAAAGUCAGAUAAUUACAACAAUAGUAACUCUAAUUCAACAGGCCAAGGUGGUUAUGAGAGACCAUCUCAACCUCCUCAACAAAAGUACCAAAGACCUACCCAGCCACCUCCAUCAAAUUCUAACAAUGGCUAUGGUCAACAACAGCAAACCCAACAACAGCCACCUUCUCAAAAUCAACAAUAUGGGGGCUCUCGUCCACCUAGAAGAAAGGCUUUGUUAAUUGGUAUCAAUUACAUUGGUUCAAAACACCAAUUGCGUGGUUGUAUUAACGAUGUAGCUAACAUCUAUGCCUUUUUAACCCAACGUUACGGUUAUAAUCCAGAUGAUAUUGUGAGAUUAACUGACGACCAAAAAAAUAUGGCGUGUAUUCCUACCAGAGCAAAUAUGAUAAGAGGCAUGCAAUGGUUAGUCAAGGAUGCAAGACCCGGUGAUUCUUUGUUCUUCCACUAUUCAGGACACGGUGGUCAAACUGAAGAUCUUGAUGGUGAUGAAGAAAACGGUUUUGAUGAAACCAUUAUGCCAGUCGAUUUUGAGACCCAAGGUGUAAUUAUUGAUGAUGUCAUGAACGAAAUUAUGGUCCAACCUUUGCAACAAGGUGUCAAAAUGAUUGCAUUGUUUGAUUCAUGUUACUCUGGUUCUGUUUUAGAUCUUCCAUACACAUACUCAACUAAAGGUUUGAUCAAGGAGCCAAAUUCUUGGAAAGAAGCAGGUAGCGGUGGCUUACAAGCCGCUAUGGCAUACGCUUCUGGUGACCGUCAAACUAUGAUGCAAUCCUUAGGAACUUUAGCAUCUUCCUUUUCCAGUGGUCUAAAGGGACCAGAUCGUGAGAAACGUGAAAUGAACAAACAAGUUAAAUCAUCACCUGCUGACAUCAUUAUGUUCUCUGGUUCAAAGGAUAAUCAAACAUCUGCAGAUGCCAUUGAAAAUGGAUUUGCUACUGGUGCCAUGUCCUAUGCCUUUAUUAAAGUUUUGAGUGCCCAACCUCAACAAUCAUAUUUGACAAUGUUGCAAAGCAUGAGACAAGAAAUGUAUGAAAAAUACAGUCAAAAGCCACAACUAUCUUCUUCACAUCCAAUUGAUGUCAGUCAACAAUUUGUUAUUCAGUGA